AUGGGUCCGAGAAAAAUUCUAAAGGGAAAGCGUAAGAUCGCACCGCCACCCAGUUCUGUUCUUUCUAAAACCGAAUCGAAAAAAGUUCAGAAUCCCCUGUUCGAAAGACGUCCGCGUAACUUUGGCGUCGGACAGGACAUACAGCCGAAACGUGAUCUACGCCGCUUCGUUCGGUGGCCAAAGUAUGUGCGAAUUCAGAGACAGCGAUCCGUUUUGUAUCAGCGUUUAAAGGUGCCUCCGCCAAUUCAUCAGUUUAGUUUCACGCUAGACAAACCCAAUGGUAAUAUUUCAUUUUGUUAA